ACGAUUUGAUACAACACGUGCUGUGUUGUUUUUUAUUAAAGCGUUUAGAAUGAGUAAAAUUAAAUCAAUUAAACAAAAACUGCUUCCUGCAGCAACCCGAAAUUCCACGGACGACUCGAUGUUGGAUUCACAUAGCGAGGAAAACAGUGACAACGAAAAUGUUGUUGCCGCCUCUAGUAGCGAUGAUGAUGGCUUCGAGGAACCAAAUCAAAGCACAGCACAAAAACGUAAAGUUUCAAUAUCGAGUAGCGAAACAAAGAAGAAAAAGAUAAAACACACGGAGAACGUGAAACCUCCCACAUUGGAGGAAAUUAAGGAGCUGCGGGAUACACGCAACUUAUUUCACUCAAAUCUGUUCAAACUGCAAGUGAAGGAAAUGCUGGAAGAAGUUCAAAUCAAGCCAAAAUACAGCACUUUUAUUAGUACCUGGCUAGAGACAUUUACAACUGCAAUAGAGGGGCUGACCGAUGGAUUACUGGACGCCUGCCAGCUGGAGGUGCCAUUGCAUCUGCAUAAGAAACCAUUCAACUUUCAGUUCCUAACACCGUCGUCGCCGCCCAAGUUAAUUGGCGCUGCUGCAACGGGCACAUUGCUGGGACCCAAGGUUGUAGUGGAUGUGGCACUGGAAAUGCCCGCUGCCUGCUUUCAAAAGGAAGAUUAUCUCAAUUUAAUUUACGAUCAAAAGCGAGCUCUUUAUUUGGCAUCGGUUGCCAGUAAAAUCAAAGAACUUUCGGCAUUUGCAGCGGAUCAGUUUGUAUACAAUUACCAUGCGAAUAAUCCGUUAAAGCCAGUGCUAGAGAUGACGCCGGCCGCCAAGGUGGGCAACCAUAUAAUGUUCCGGUUGUACAUCACGGCACCUUCGGACAUCUUCGCACUGAGUCGCUUUGUGCCCUGGAACAACAAUAUUCGGCCAGCAGCCUUUGGCGAUAAGUGGGAUGAGAAGCAAUCCUUGCCAGCUACCCAGCACUACAAUGCCAAUGUGCUAUUUGAUCUGACUCUGGCGCAGAAUGAGACGCUUCUAUUAAGCUCCUUUCAAGGACGACGUAACUUUCAGGAAGGAUUGCUGCUACUGAAGGUUUGGCUGCGACAACGUCAACUUGAUGUGGGAUACAGUGGCUUCAGCUCACAUAUUCUGGCUGCAUACAUUGUCUACUUGUCCCAGAAUCGUUUAUUGCAUCUGUCCAGCAGUAGUUACCAAGUUGCUCGCACUGUCUGGAAUCAAUUGGCCAACAGCGAUUGGACUCUGGGCAUAACACUGGCACAACAGCACUCGGAGAAGCAUCAACUAAGCACCUUAGCUGGUUACUAUGACGUCUGCUUCAUGGAUGCAACGGGCUAUUACAAUCUGUGUGCCAAUCUGCCCCUCGCCGUAUAUAAAGCAGUCUGUGCGGAGGCCAAGCUGGCCGUGGAUUUGUUAAAUGACAUAAAAGUCAACAGUUUCUCGCACAUAUUUAUGCAAAAGUCACCACUCUACACUCGGAUGGAUAACAUACUAAAAAUAACGAAUCCAGGCAGUGUGGAUCAGCUGCUUCAGCUUCAUGUGCAGCCGCAGGUCAAAUAUGAUUAUGCCAACUAUGCCUAUCCACAGUUGCUCAAAUUACUUACAGAGUUGCUGCAGAAGGGUCUGGGACAACGUAUUCAUGCCAUUCUGCCAUUGGAGACACCCUCCAGUCCGUGGUCAGUGGAUAGCAAGGCACCGGUGAUUGGACGCAGUCUACAGCUAGGUCUUAUACUUGAUCCGGAGCACGCGUAUGAAGUGCUGGACAAGGGACCGGCAGCCAAUGAGGAUGCCAAUGGUGCUGCUGAGUUCCGAAAAUUCUGGGGCGAUAAAUCCAAUUUGCGUCGCUUUCAGGACGGCAGCAUAACGGAAGCUGUUGUCUGGGGCGCCGCAACGGAUGCACCGAGUCAAAAGCGUUUAAUAGUGCGACAGAUAGUGUUGCAUCUGCUGGAGCAUCAGUUGCAACUGGAGCCUGGCGAUGUGCAGUAUAUUGCCGGUGAACUGGAUGUUGUCUACUCCCUAACACCAUCAUUUAAGGUGUCAAAAGUGCACACAAAACUAAAGUUGCCACAGGAAACAGAUGCGGAGGCACUUACUCCACAUGUCAUACACUGCUUUGAUGCAUUAGCCCGCCAGCUGCACAGUCUAGAAGAGUUACCGCUGGACAUAGUGUCCAUAUCGGGUAUUUCGCCGGCUUUCCGCUACUGUGAACCAGAGCCGCCGGUGCCACAGGCUCGUCUAGUGGCAGAUCGCAUGCAUGCUAGUCAAGUGCUGCGUGUGAUUAUUCAACUUGGUCCGAGUGGCAAGUGGCCCAGUGAAUUGGGUGCAUUGCGUAGCCUGAAGACCGCCUUCCUCAUACAAAUUGGACAGCAGCUGAAGGCACAGCAUAAACUACACUCGGUGCUUUGUGCAGAGGGUUUGAUGGUGUUGAAACAAGGCUACUGUUUCAUCUUGGAGCUGGCGCACAGUAAGGAGCUGGCGUUGCUUAAGCAGCAGCAAACGGAACGUGGAGUAAUCACCUAUGUGGACAAUCCAGCCAGUCGUGAGCUAGAGCGAAGACAUUACAUACUUCCACGAGUUAGUGGAGGAUUGCAUGCGUUGCAUCAAUCCCAUCGUGCCUUUGGACCCACAGUAUUGAUUGCAAAGCGUUGGCUGGCUGCUCAACUACUGGAUGAUGGUCUCUGGCCAUCCAUGGCAACGGAACUACUAGUGGCACAACUGUUCCAGCAGCGACAGUCGCCGCACACAACAGUUUCGCCCCAAACGGGUUUCAUUCGAUUCCUGCAGCUGCUCGCCCACAGCGAUUGGAACGGCGAACUGUUCCUGCUGAAUUUCAACAACAGCUGGACAGAGCAACAAAUCACGGAUUUGGAGCACAGCUAUCGCAGCGAACGUGAGAGUUAUCCACCAUUAUGUUUGGCCACAGCUUACGAUCAACAGCAUGCUGGACGUCUUUGGACUACGGACGACUUGCCCAACAAGCCAGUUCUGGCACGCGUCACCUUGUUGGCUAGACAUGCCCUGCAGCUCAUCGAGUCGAGUCUGAUUUCCCAGACACUCGCGUUUGUGCGUCCCGCACAGCUGUUUGUACCCUCUGGUGAGGGCUAUGAUCUGGUCAUACAACUUAAACCGGAUCUGGUGAUGAAUACGCUGUGUUAUGACCUCGGUUCGCCUUUUGCGCCUUUGAGUCAGCGCAAUUUUCGCUUACCUUUGGCGGGCAGCAACCAGUUGGCCAGAAUUGUGGAACAGCUGAGGGCUGCCUACUCGGAGCAUGCGGCGUUCUUUUACAAUCCUCAUGGCGGCAAGGAAGUGGCAAUUAUGUGGCGACCAGCUGCCGAGUUUGCACCCAAACCAUUUAAAGUCAACGAGCUGCAGGCAUGCACACCCUGCUCCACCGGCAAAGUUCAGGUGCAUAGGGAUACGCUGCUAGAAGAUUUCAAGCUGCUGCUGAAAGAUUUUUAUUUGCGGAUCUGCACACCUGAGGAAUUGAAGCGGGAACAACGCGAACACAGCAAACCCAAGCGUUACUUUAACGGCCAACCGAAUGAGAGCUCCGAGAAGCCGCCAAAAAAGAAGAAAAAGAAACAAGUGACGCAACCAAAAGUGACGAAAAAACAAUUAAUGAAAAGUAAAUCUCUUAGUGCGUUAUGUUAAUGCCAGGAGACAUUCAAGGACAUAGAAUACAUAUAAUACUAUUAAAAUGUAAA